GUUUUCGUUCCCAUUGUUCGUUUUUUGGGCCCGAAGCUUUUUCUUGGCUGAAAGUCAGACAAAGAUUGCAUUAAAAAUUUUAGGUAAAGUAUUGUUCAAAUUAACUGCACGCCAGAAUGUCGGUGAGCCAGCAAGCGACACCGCUGCAGCUGGACAGCCAGACUGCCGACGAUCUGGAAGGGGAGGAGGAGGAGCAGCCGGAGGACGAGAACCGUCUGGACAAGUUCACAGUGAGGAUCAAUGGUCAGCAUGAUCUGGAGCAGCGUUUGCAGGAUUUCAAAGCGGCCUGUGAGGCUCACGAGAAGCAUGCCAGGCGGCGAAAGCGAAGGCGAUACUACCACCUGGGCUUGGUAGCUAAACUGGUGACGGAGACCACCCACGAUGAGCUCCGGCGCAUGCUGGAGAAUGGAACCUACACCUUUCACGUCGAUACGGUGGCCAACAAGCCCGAGGAACUGCAGGCCAUAUUGGACACAAUGAACAUAGCCAUUUCGGCGCACUCUACGGAAAGGGAACUGCGUCUGACCACCGGCUUGGCGCUGGAGAUUAACGGCGAGUGCUGUCGCAUUGGCAGACUGAGGAACAACUGCACUGUGAUGCUGGCACGUGGGGCGGUGGUGACACUCACCACCGAUGAGGCCUAUCGCUAUAAAGGCUUCAAGGAGAUCCUCUACGUGAUCAAUCUGCGGGCUUAUCUCGCCUCCGUCCAGCUGGGCGACAUUGUGCUGAUUGGACGGGAAGUUAGGGGUCGCGUAGUAAAGACUUUGCGUGAGGCGCUGACCAUCAUGAUCUUGGAUGCUGGUCUGGUGGCCUCCUACGACUUCAUAGAACUUCCCAGGCAAUGCCACGCCCUGGAUCCAGAUGUCUAUCCCGAUUUGUACUUGAAGGACCUGCAGAUGGUAGCGGCAAUGAAUGCCAACUACGUGGUGCUGCCCAAGAUUCGCUGCAAGAGCUUCCUUCGUGCCGUGCGACAGACCUUGAACGCCGACUUCAAUCUAAAGUUGAUCGGCAUGAUCGACUUUGAGUAUGUGCGCAGCAAUAUGCUGGAUCUACUGGGCAUCAUCAAGCUGCUGGACUACAUCUGGAUACCGGAUAUGUUCAACGUUAGCUGCUGCGUCUACAACUACAUAAUGGAAGACGUGCUGCCCAUUUCGCAGUGCCAGAAGAAGCCGGUUAUUGGCACUGUGCCGCUGGAGCGUUGCAGCGACUUCAAGCGGUUCGAGUUGCACGAAUUCCUUUGGAAGGUCGAUGCCAUUCACAUCCAGAAGAGUCCGUGGUGCAACAAAUAUCCGCUGAUUGUCAAGAAGCUUAUGCCCAUUAAGGAUUAUCGAGUUGGCGUUGUCCAAAACAAGAUGGUGCUGAAGAAUAUCCUGACCUCGUACCAGACGGUAGUGAACUUCAUCAUUCGCACAAUUAGUUCAAUUGAGUGCCAGGCAAUAUUCUUGUUCACCACGUGCGAAACGGCCAGCGUAGCCCUUUCCCGCACCGAGAUCUACUGCCCAGUCUAUCUGAUGCUGCCUCUCGAGGAGACCGACGAUGCGGAUAACAUUGCCUGCAAGGUGGAAUUGUCACGAGAGCUUCAUUUGCGCCGAAAUAUGCACCCGGUUCUUUACACCAAAGACCUCAACGAGUGCAAUUACAGUCCGAUUGAGUUCGGAGUGGACUUCAUGCGAAAGAAGGGUUGCUUGGAGGUUGGGGACUUUGUGGUCACCCUGGAAGUGGCCAAGGAGGACAAGGAGAACUUGGUCAUCGGCAUAGGCGAGGACGUCUGCAUCCUGCGUGCCUUCUACGUGUCUCCGCUCCUUGCAUGCGAGAAGUUCAAGUACGGCGGCUAACUAUUCAGCGUGCAGUUGUGCAGAUAACACAGGUUAACCAGCUCAAAAUUAAAUGUAAAAUAAGCCAAA